AUGAAGCGGGACAAAAGUCGAGCUUUGGAUAGAGCCAGACAAAGAGCUUCGGCGAUUCUUGCGCGGAGGGGGGAUGUGCAGAGCGAAGGGGAAGAGGAAGAGGAGGAUGGUGGUAGAGCUUCGGCGCUCUUUUUCAGCGAUGAGAUUUUGGCCAGUGAGGAUGAGGAGCAGGAUAGGAUAGACGACGAGGUGAGCGUCGCAAUGUGUUCUCUUGUCUUUUCAGCCAGCCAUCGAAGCAAAAGGGCAUGCUGACAACUUUCACGCGCUCUUACUCAUUGGCGAUGACACGCUCAGCUCUUGCGCCGAAGAAUGUUGGCAGAGUAUAAGCGCAUGCUCAGAGCUCAGGAGCGUUCUGGUCGAGAUGAGCUAGGCUGGUUGGACGCGGACAUGGUGGCAUGGCUGCAAGACGAGUCUACCAGUAAGUCCAGCAAGCUUUCUUGACCCAUGCACGCUUUCCCAUUUGCUCACAUUCCCUCUCAUCUCCUUCCUCCUCGACACCGACAGACGAUCAAGGGCCGAUGAUCGAGUCUCAACCACAACCUCCAGCAGGAAUGGAAGAUGAAGAAGCGUAUUGGGCUAGUCUGUACGAACAAUCUCUCGAAGAAUCAUCUCGAGGCAAGGCUAGCACGGAUCUGGCUGGACAAGUGGAUAAUCACGCUUCUUUGACGUCGUGCUCUGAGGAGGAGGAGGAGGAGGAUGAAGCGUUUUGGGAACAGGUCUGGGAUUUAGCACGCGCAGACGAGAUGAAUGUGCAAAUACCUUUGGAAGAGAUGGACAUGGACUUGUCUUGAGAUUGGGUCGAUCUACCCUUCCAACCUUUUCAAGCACUAGAAACUCCGAAUGGACGAGCGCAGCGACCCAGGUUUCUUGGGGAUUAGACCCCAAUCCCUGACUCGGCCUUUCCCCGGUCUAGCGUGACAGGACUCGUAGCUGGACUCAUCGCAGUGCACGACCCACCUCCGACAUACCUGCAGUAUUUUUCGCACAUGAGCAGAACCAACACGAACGGACUGCCACCAAGCAGCGCGCCAGCGCGCGCAUGGAAGGUUGAAUUCUUCAAGCUUGACGAAGCCUAA